AUAAAUAAAUAACUAUAAACUUAAAAACUUAAUAUCGCGGCUAAUACAUGAAGUAAAGUAACGUAGACCUUAGUAUUUCCAUUGUCGGAUUUUUCAAAUCCAAAAUCCUCUAUAAUUCCUUAAACCCUCAAGACUACUGCCAUAGCUUAGAAUAGACCCUCCCUCUCUUAAUUCCUCCCUUUCUCUAGUGCACAAAACAGAACAACUCUUAUAAUGCUAAAAAAGUUAUUGUUUAAGCUCACAAAUUUCAACUUUUAUCUCUUGUUAUUGCUCUUUCCUUUCACAGUUUGUUCUACAUUCACAAUAACCAACAACUGUCCAUUUACGAUAUGGCCCGGGACAUUAUCUGGGUCGGGAACGCCCCCACUUUCAUCCACAGGGUUUCAGCUAGAUUCCGGGAAGACUGCGAGGCUUGAGACGGUUCCAGGUUGGUCAGGCAGGAUAUGGGCUAGGACAGGCUGCAAGUUUGAUCAGACGGGUGCAGGGAAAUGUCUUACAGGGGAUUGUGGAGGGAGGUUGCAAUGUGGUGGGAGUGGGGCAACACCGCCUGCUUCGCUGUUUGAGAUCACAUUAGGCCAAGGGAGUAACAAGGAUUUCUAUGAUGUUAGUAUGGUGGAUGGUUAUAAUCUCCCUCUUGUUGCCUGGCCUACUGGGACUAACGGUGCUGCUUGCAACGCGACAGGAUGUAUUUCUGAUCUUAACAUGGGCUGCCCGAAAGAGCUGCAAGUGAUGGGUGGAGAAGGAGCAGAGGGAGGAGUGAUCGCAUGCAAAAGUGCCUGUGAGGCAUUUGGACUAGCCCAAUACUGCUGUAGCGGACAGUUUGCUAAUCCGACAACGUGUCAACCAUCGUAUUAUUCACGAGUCUUCAAGAGAGCCUGUCCGAGGGCGUAUAGUUACGCCUUUGAUGAUGGCACAAGCACAUUCACAUGCAAGGCUAGUAAUUAUGUCAUACUGUUCUGCCCCAAAUCCGCUGCUAUGGCAAAUAAUCCAAUUGGUGGCCCAGCUAUAUCUCCGCCAAAUGUCCCAUAUAAUUCACCACCAAGUUCCACCUACAGUCCACCACCAAUAGGUGGCACAGCUUUGUCACCGCCAAGCAUCCCAUAUGAAUCGCCACCAACAUACAGUUCACAACCAAUUGGUGGCACAACUAUGCCACCGCCAAGUAUCUCAUAUACACCACCUCCAAGUCUCACCAACAAUCCACCACCAAUUGGCCAAGAUACACCGCCAAGCUUCACUGGCAAUUCAGAACCACCAUUUGAAAAGCACAGUUAUGGGGCAUCUGAGGGGGAAAUGUCCUCCUCAUACACCGUCAUACCGAAUUAUGUGCAUAUACUUUUGAUCAUUAGCUUGCUGUUGUUGACAUAAAAUGUUCCUUAAACAGGAUCAAACUUUCAGCACUCUAGGCGAAAGAAAUUCAGAAUUAACAAGCUUGGCCAGAGAUAUGAGGCAGGACAAGAGGGUUGAAGGUGUUAUACGUGGAAAAAUGAGAGCACAUAAGGAUUUUCUCCGAGAAUACAGAAUCAAUGCAGAAGAUGGAACCUGGUUCCUCUAAAACUCAAAUGACACAAGGAAGAUCAGCUG